AUGGGCUUUGGAGGCGCACACGCUCGCCCGUCGCGCAAGGGUGGCGCCAAGGGUGGCAAGGGUGGCAAGGGCGGCAAGGGCGGCAAGGGCGGAUACGACGAGGGGCCGCCAGAGAGGGUGCUCGAGAUGGGGACGUUUGUGCACCCGUGCGAGGGCGACAUGAUUGUCAAGUCUACCAACGAGAAGGCGCGCCCAGCUGCCGCCCUGCCCCCUCACGGCCGUCGCGAAGCCCGCACACAUCCCACGCUCACCUCGGAUCCCUACCCACCACAGAUCCCGUACUUCAACGCGCCCAUCUACCUCGAGAACAAGAGUGAUGUCGGCAAGGUGGACGAGAUCUUUGGCACCAUCACCGAGUGCUACUUCUCGGUCAAGGUUGCGUCGGGCAUCGCGGCGACCAGCUUCAAGCCGGGCGACAAGCUCUUCAUCAACCCUCUCAAGCUGCUGCCGCUAGAGCGUACCGAGUCUCGCGCGGUCACUCGCGACGUUACACGAGAGAGAAAAUAG